AUCGUUGGCGUGGGAAGCGGAAGUGCAUGAAGAGCCCGGAAGAGAGUGAGGGAGGUGCAGUGUGUGGGAGGGGAGGUGAUGGCUGCAGCAAUGGAAACCGAGCAACCAAACAUUGAGGUUUUUGAAACAGCCUCUGCAAAUGCUGCUGUGGAAAUUGAAGAGUUGGAGCCAUUUGAGCCGUACUAUGUGGAGAGGCAUUCCUGGAGCCGCCUGCGCAAGUUAAUCACUGACAGCAGGAAGCUGCAUGGGCACAUGAUGGCAAAAACUCCUCAUGACUUUUAUUUUGUAAAGAAAAAUGAUCCAGAGGGACUUUAUUCAGACAGAGUCUAUUAUCUAGCUAUGUCAAAUGAAAACAGGGAAAAUACAUUGUUCUACUCGGAAAUUCCCCACAUGAUAAACAAGGAUGCUGCACAGUUACUCCCGUGGAAUCCUCUGCUGGAUUAUUUUCAGUCUAUUCCUGAUUACGGAAUUUACUGUCGUGAAGAGGAGCUGCUAAGAGAAAGAAAAAGAAUUGGAACGAUUGGCAUUGCCUCGUACGAUUUCCACAAAGAAAGUGGGAUGUUUCUGUUCCAGGCGAGCAACAACAUUUAUUACACUGUGGACGGCAGUAGCACAGGGUUCACUAAUGAGCCGAAAAACCCUUCACCAGUGAAAACCAGCUGCCCCAACAUCAGGAUGGAUCCCAAAAUUUGUCCUGCUGAUUCAUCUUGGAUUUCAUUCAUCCACAGCAAUGAUUUGUGGAUUUCUAAUAUUGAAUCAGGAGAGGAAAGGCGACUAACUUUUGCACAUAAAGGUUUGCCAAACUUAGAAGAUGAUCCUAAGUCCGCAGGAAUCUCCAGUUUUGUACUCCAGGAAGAGUUUGACCGGUACACAGGCUACUGGUGGUGUCCUUUUGCAGAGGACACCCCAGAUGGAGGAAAGAUUUUCAGGAUACUUUAUGAAGAGAAUGACGAGUCAAAUGUCGAAAUUAUCCAUGUGACUUCACCCAUGCUUGAGACACGAAGGUGUGAUUCAUACAGGUACCCACGAACAGGAACUCUAAAUCCAAAGAUAACUUUCAAGAUGUCGGAAGUAACAAUAAAUGCCAUUGGAAGGAUUGCAAGUGUUGUUGACAAGGAGUUGGUCCAACCAUUUGAGAUUCUUUUUAAAGGAACUGAGUACAUUGCACGGGUUGGAUGGACGCGAGAAGGAAAAUAUGCAUGGGCCAUCCUGUUGGAUCGGCCCCAAACAAGGCUCCAGAUCGUUCUGAUCCCCCCUACUUUGUUUAUCCCAGUGGUGGGUGAUGCAGUGGAACGGCAGAAGCUUAUGGAAUCUGUGCCUGACAGCAUAACACCAUUGAUCAUAUAUGAGGAAACAACAGACAUUUGGAUAAACAUCCAUGAUAUACUUCACAUACUUCCUCAGACUAAAGAAGAUGAGAUUCAGUUCAUCUUUGCUUCUGAAUGUAAAACUGGUUUUCGGCACCUCUACAAAAUUACAACUGUCUUGGAGGAGUCGAAGUAUAAACGGUCUGGUGGGGACUACCCCGCUCCAGAUGACUUUAAAUGUCCAAUCAAAGAAGAGUUACCUUUGACCAGUGGAGAUUGGGAAGUGCUUGGGAGACAUGGGUCUACGAUAUGGGUGAAUGAAGCUACUCGCCUGGUUUAUUUUCAAGGUACUAAGGACACUCCAUUGGAGCACCAUCUCUAUGUAGUGAGCUAUGAAAUUCCCACAGAGGUUGUGCGACUGACACAAUUAGGCUACUCUCACAAAUGUUUUGUCAGCCAGAAUUUUGAUAUGUUUGUAACCAAGUUCAGCAAUCAGGACCAUCCGCACUGUGUACACAUCUUUCGUUUAACUGGAUCAGAAGAAGCUCCGCUUCAUAAACGGAGAGAAUUCUGGGUCACGAUGUUGGAGUCACCAGGUUGUCUUCAAGGGUACAUUCCUCCAGAGAUGUUCAGCUUUCACAGCAAGUCUGGCUAUAUAUUGCAUGGAAUGAUGUUCAAACCACACAAUCUACAGCCCAGAAAAAAAUACCCCACUCUCCUUUACACGUAUGGCGGCCCACAGGUGCAGUUGGUGAACAAUCGCUUUAAGGGAGUUAAAUACUUGCGUCUGAAUACACUGGCAGAGCUUGGCUAUGUUGUGGUUGUUAUAGAUUCCAGGGGAUCUUGUCACAGAGGCCUUAAGUUUGAAGGUGCCUUGAAAUACAAGAUGGGGCAAGUAGAAAUUGAUGACCAAGUGGAAGGACUACAGUAUCUGGCUGCUAAGUACAGAUUUAUUGACCUGGAACGGGUGGCAAUUCACGGUUGGUCGUAUGGAGGUUACCUAUCCCUCAUGGGCCUAGUGAGGAGACCAGAUAUAUUUAAGGUAGCCAUAGCUGGAGCCCCCGUGACACUGUGGAUCUUCUAUGAUACUGGAUACACAGAACGCUACAUGGGUCUCCCAGAUAAAAAUGAGAGUGGUUAUGAUAUUGGAUCGGCAGCAAUGCAAGUGGACCACUUCCCUCUUGAACCAAACCGCCUGCUGCUCCUGCAUGGGUUCCUUGAUGAAAACGUCCACUUUUCUCAUACCACAGUUCUCCUUAGCUUCCUCGUUCGAUCAGGGAGACCGUACGACUUGCAGGUGUAUCCCCAAGAACGGCACAGUAUUCGAGUCCCAGAAUCCGGUGAACAUUAUGAACUGUAUCUGCUCUACUACCUUCAGGAGAACCUGGCAUCCCAGAUUGCUGCCAUGAAGUAGAAGAUGAUGUAUUACUCUUGACACCCAUUUCAGCUAACAACCGAAUGCAGGAGAUGUCAGAACUUAGACACUGUUCCCUUACCUCAUUAAUAAUGACCUCCCCUCCCUCCAGCUAAUUAUGGUUAUCUCAUUUUUCACUUAAAGUAGCUUCACUGUUUCAGUAACAACGGCAAUAGCCACCAUUCCACUAUCUAUUGGCACCCCCCUCUCUUCGCUGCUCACUGCUAACAUUUCUGAUCUCAACUGGAGCUCCCACCUUUGAUCACCACACACCCUUAGUGGCAAUAUUUGUCUCCAUUUCCCUUGCAUCCGCAAGAUUAUAAUGCCUACUCACGAUCUCACUUGUAGUGCCUGAGAAUAACUUCUGCUCUUUGUUCUGAGAAUGUAAAUGGGAUAAGAUCCAUGAACACACAAACAUUUACCAAGAGCAUGUUAUGGGCAUUAAGGAUAAUUUUUGAAGAAUAUGUGUGUGCCACUAAGACGUGAAUAACGUAGCAGUUUUUCUGAAGUUUUAUGUUGCUUCCUCCUUGAUUCACACUUCUGUUUGUAACUCUCUGUGAGUGAAAUUUACUCAUUUUCUUCUAGCUGCCAGACCUUCAGUUUUGUUUUCCACCUUUAGCAGCAUUCACUCCCACACUGUCAUUCAUUUGUUAAAUUAUCAUAAAGUCACCAAUUGUGUCCAUGGAGUGUAGAGUAAAUGCAGAUGAUUGUAAAAUAUGUUUGAGCACUUUAUGUACAAGUAAUGUUUUGAUUAAUGUCUUAAAUAGUAUCAUUUUUAUUACUCAAAAUAUCUACAUCUGGUCAUGGUUUAUUUAUUCUCUUUUGGAUACAAAGGGGUUCUAUCUUUGCCAACUUUUCUUAGACCUCUGAAUAUCUGCAGAGCUUUGCAUUUAUUCUGUGAAGUGAGAGCAGGGUAUAAAUGUACAGGGGCUUAAUAUUUCACAACAAAGGCAGUCCAGUAUCUUAUGUAAAAAGUGCUAGAAACAGGCAACAGGUCAGUCAGCAUCUCUGGAGAGGGAACCUGUUACCGUUUUGCUUCAGUAACCUUUAAAUGGAUCAGCUGUUACCUAAUUUCUGUUUUAGUACAGGAAUCUUGUACCAGUUUUUUUUUUACCAGUUAUCUGAGGUAUUGCACUAGAUUUUGAGAGAGGUUUCCUUCCUUUUGGUCCUUUUACUAACUUGUCAAAUGGUUUCUUGGUGUUUUGGCUCUUUUAACAGUUUCUGACUAUCAGGUAAGCUUCAAUAUUCCCCAUGUAAAUACAUGAGAGAAUCAAAUCUUUUGAAAGGAAGAAGCAAAUGUCCUACUCAUCACAUUCAAAUUUAUUGAGAUCAGUUUAUAACAGGGAUGUUUAUGGUCAGCCAUAUUUUUAUGUUACAUAAUACAGCCUUUGAUCUACAACUGCUGUCAGUUCUGAAUGUUAUGAAGGUCAUGACUGAGCUGAUAUUAGGAGUCAAAUUGCAGUUGACGUGGCUGUGCAUUCACGGUACAUUUGUUUCAGAAACCACGUGCCACUUUCUCUUGGCUGCAUUCUUUGUGCUGCUAAUGGUUUCACUUUAUGUUUAAACUAGCUUUCUAUAGCUUUUCACUAAGGCUUUGAUUAACUUGUUGGAACCACUUGCUUUCUCAUAAAUCCCUCUACGUAUGCUGCUUUGCCAGUAAGUUGUCAUGAUUGGAUACGGUGCUAGUGUGAGAAGGUUGUUCCAUUCACACUGGCCAGGUAGAAACAGUGAACUUGUAUAGUCAAGUAAAAUAUUUGAGGAGCACAAUCUUAUACCUAGCUGCAUAUAAUUGUAUGUUUACAUUACAAAGGUAGGCCUUUGACUGUGCUUAUGCUCCAGACAAGUUUCCCACAGCCCUAUUUCAUCUAACCCCAUCAACAUAACCUAUUCUUUACUCCCUCAGUGUUUACCUUGUAUUCCCUUAAACACCUUGGUACUUACGUACUCCACAUUAUUUACAGUUACACGGAAAAAUAGGACAACAGUGCUUUAGUGCGAUUAAUUAUCAAAUAGACAUGAGAUAACCAAAGCAGACCAGACCUGCAUUGUUUCUUUGCGUACCUUAUGCAUGUGAAUCCUCCCGUUUCUGUGAAGAAAUAAAUCCACCUCCCCUUGAAAACUAGAAUAAAUGCGUAUAGAAUCUAUAAAUCAGAGUUUGUUGUUAACGAGGAGACGAACUGCCUGUGACUCCUCUCUGUUAAAGAGCAGCCCACUGGGGCAACCCUGUGCUUCCUAUUGCCUGCCACUCUGACCCAUCAGGCCAUGGCCUCCUGCACAGUUACGCUGAAGCCCAAUGCAAGCUUGAGGAGCAGUGCUUCAUCUUCCAUCUGGGCAUGUUGCAGCCCUCUGGACUCAAUACUGAAUUAUACAACUUCGGGUAACUUCAUUUCUCAGUCUGUGACAUUGGCUCAGCUUGUUUGUCUUUUUUUCCUCUCUUUUCACCUCUAGAAGUGGAGGAGAUGCCCAGCCUGACCUGCUGGGUAUGUCUUCCUGCUCUGCAUUUCACAACUCCGACAUACUUCUGUUCAUGUUCUUCUCCAACUGCCCCCAUUCACUCAUUGCCCAGAUAACCUUGUUUGCAGCCUAACCCCCGUGGUUAACCCAGUUUUAUUCCAUCAGAGAAUCCGCCCCUCCUCUACCCUUCCUGCAAUUUAAUGAGCUUCUUUUCCGUCCUUCCCAGUUCUGAUGAACAGUCUUCUGAAACGUCAACUCUGUUUCUCUUCCCACAGCCUGAUCCUGCUGGGUAUUUCCAGCAUUUUCAGUUUUUGUAUUAGAUUUCCAGCAUCAAGUUCAGUACAUGGUCAGUAGCAGUAACUGUCAGCAUAAAUUCAAUGCUAUUGGUGACACCUGAGAAUGAAGCUAUCUCCUUGCUGUUCCAGAAACGGGUAUCAGUGGCCGGGUGAUUUGCCAGUUUUGUUGUCUUCCUCCAACUCCUGUUCCUUUCCUAUUUUUGAGACAUCAUUUUGGGAUCAAGGGUUGAUGUUGAUAUGCAUAGUCUGAAUACAGUGAAAUCCCUAAACUAAACCCAGUUAAACAGAAACUGCAUUUUGCAGAGUUUCUGAAUAAAAGUGUUCUGAAUGGGCAUGUUCAGAAAAUAAUGGAACGUGCUGUUGAAUACGUGUGUCGAGAUCAGUGAUGUUUAGCUGUGAGUUGGUAUUGGAGGGGCAGGGGUAAAAUCUUCCAUCAAAGCCCUUUUCAUUGAAGGACGGAGUGGCAGUCUGCCUUGGGCAAGUUCCAUUUCUCCUGUUUGUGGGCAGAGCAGUUAUAAUGGUAUUUCCUCUUCAUUGUACGAGAAUCAAACCAAAUUCAAAUGUUCCCUUAGGGACCAUGACCUUAGCUCUGUCCGUGUUGCAUUGUUUAUUUUAAUUUUAAACAAUUUGCACAAUUAGUAAAACAAAAUUGCCUCUGAUGGCCUCACCAAAUAAAUGGUUAUUUCUUUUUAUUAAGAAUAUAAGAAACAGAAGCAGUAUCAACCAAAUGGCUUCUUGUGCCUCUUCUACAAUUCACAGUAAUCAUAGAUAAUCUUUUGCUUCAUAAACACAUUCCUGCAUGAUCCUCAUCCUUUGAUUUGCUUCAUGUUCAAAGAUCAUUCGAUCUCAUUCUUCAAUAUACUCAGUGACUGAGCAUCCACAAAAUUUGUAAAGAUGCACAGCAAGGAGUUUCUUUGUAUCACAGGCCUAAAUAGCCAGACCUGUACUGUGGCACAAAAUUGGUUUGUAAUAUAUUUAGUGUAAAAAAAAUGUAUUUUUUGUUUUGAUUAAACAGCUUUGUAAAGGUGUGAACAACAACAGUUGAUGUGAUGUUACAUUAGCAGUAGUGAUUUGCAUUGAUGCAUAGCAGGAAUUUGGUGUUUAUUUUUUAGAACUUGGGGUGAAUUGUGUUCAGAAGUAAUAGGUUACGAAGGUCAUGAACGUAGAAGUAACAUACCAGAGAAAUUCCCGUUCUGAUGCAGGUGAGAAAGACCAACUCACACAAGUUUCAUCACCGUCUGUCAAGAACAUUGUAAUUGUGAUCCAUAGACACAGGAUUUGCCUGAAUGAACAUUGAAUUUUAACACUGAAUUUCUUUUACAUGUUUUAAGUGCUACAGUUCAUAUCAAAUAAAAACAAGCUGGUAUUUUGUGAAUGACAAAAAUUCUUAAAUGGUCAGCAGCAAGGUUUACAGAAUAAUAAACCAUUGGAUCAUUCUCACAAUUCUCCAAAUAAAAAAUAAUCCUGUUCAAUUUUA